AUGGACGCCUGGUCGGCGCUUGAGAAGUACGCCCAGAGCGGAGAACAGCUUGUCUGGCUCCAGCAUCAGCUCGCAGCGCAGCCGCUUCUCCCAGGUCAAGCCCCCGAAGAUUGGCUUCUCUGGCGCACUCGCGUUGCCGAGGGCAUGACCGAGAUCGCCGCACUCCAGUCCGUCGCCCACGACAAUCUUCUCCGACACGAGCAAAACCAACUUCGAAACAACAUCAACCAGGCCAUCGACGGCUCUUCCCAAGCCUUCAGCAACGACGGGCUGUUUGAAAUGUUCAGCGACCCCGUCAACCCCGUCAACCCCACAGCCCCACCAUAUGGCUUUGUGAACAUGAACAGCGUUUCUGCAAACCCGAAUGGUAUGGUCAUGAAUGGUGUCAAUGAUAUCUUCCAAGCCAUGAACAACUUAUACCCAGCGAACGCUGCGGCUGGUCCUAGCACUGUGCCUCAGGCGCAAACCGUCCCAGUAACCGGGUCGAUUGCGUCCAACGCCAUCGAUGUGGACAUGCUCGACAACCUUGUACCACUCCAGAAUGAAAAGCCAAACACAGUCUGGAACCUCACACUCUCCGAUGUUCCGACCCCCCCUGUUGGCACCACCACUCCCGCCAUGCCUCUCCAGGCUCCUAGGGAGGCGACGCCGGUCUCGGCCAACCCAUUUGAAUCGCUAGGCGGUUCACCCGCCGGUCCCUCCCGCCAACCCACACUUCGCCAGACCACGCUUCGUGUUGUGCCUGCGCCUGCCAACAAGAUUCCAGUCGUCCCUCUAGCCACUCCAGCUGAGGUCACGCGCGCCACGGCCGCUGGCAAAAUGGACUCGUCCUCAAUCUCCCUUCCUGUAAAGCGCCCUGCGCCGACAACGACAACGACUGAGCCCAAGAAGGAGCGCAAGAGUUUCAGUGAAAUCAUGCGCUUCAUUGAGCCCCAGGUCAUCCAGAUGAACAAGCCUUCAGGAUUGUUCAAGUUCUUCCGCAUCCGUAAACUGGAAGACGGUUCCGAGGGGCAAUGGUUCACCCCGACACCCCACGAGCUGGCCAGCAUCCUCGACGCGCUCGACAAGCAUGCUUCAACGUCAUAUCUCCAACUCAUGGCAGACAACGCCCAAUAUACGGAGGUCUUGGCUCGUUGGCUCAAGCAGUUUAUUGCCGCACCGCAACAAUGGGAGCCUGCUAUUGCACCUCUCCUCUUGGUCCUGGGCCGCACGGAUAUGGCAGUCAACUGGAUCGAAGACUACCAUGUUGCCAAGCGUGCCAGUAGGGUCGUUACCAAGGCUGAGGAACUUAAACUCCAUUCCCUCCCUGCCAUCAAGAAGGGCUAUGCUCGCUACAGCCAACACUAUGAGAACGUCUUGAAGCCCAAGGACCGUAGAAUUCGCGACGACUCGGAUUCGGACUCGGACUCGGACGCUCGCUCUGUCAAGAAGCGCAAGACCGAGACCAAGCUGCCAGCAAAGACCGAGCCGAAGCUGAGCCUCGGUGCCAAGCUCGCGUCGCAGAAAGCAGCGGCCAAGCCCUCGACAGCAGCAAAGCCCUCGUCAGCAGCUGGUCGCACCGACAUGUCCUUCUUCAAUGCGCCGGUCGCCGCCAAGCCGAAACCUAAGCUUCCUGACUUUAAGAAGGCUGCACCGGCACCAGGCGGCAGUAGUCUACUGGCCUCGACUAUGAAGAAGCUCAAGAAGGAGGACUCGCCACCGGCGCGUGCCCCGCCGUCCGCGAUGGAUGCCAGACCUGGUGUCAAGCCCGAGGUUAAGCCUGAGGCCAAGGCUGGUCCCAAGCUCAAUAAGAAGGGCCACACCGUCCGCUGGGUCGACUCGGUGCCAAACCCCCCUCGUGUGUUCGAGGCCAUCAAGGAGUUUAGGCAGGAGGCGUUCGAGUUUGAGUUGCCGCCAUGGCAGGAGCCCGAGGACGGCGUCCACGGUCUCUCGAGCCACCAGCUUGACAUGGACGAGGGUCGGCACAUGCACCGUCACAAUGACGAGCUCGAGGAGGAGAUCAACUGGUACGAGCCCUACCACUACGAGGCCUCCGACCGGCCGCCGAUCAUUGCCAGCGCCGAGGCUGCUGCUCAGGAGGAGCGUGAGCGCUCAAUCUUGGCGGCCACCUACCUCAUUGGCGACAUCCCUUUCACUCCCAACGACACCGGUGUCCGCACCGUAGCCGACGGCCCCAACACGCGCCAAAUGAACACCAACCCUACCCUCCCGCCCAACAUGCCCGGUGCUCCAAUCGUCGUCCCCCCCUCAGCCCUCCCUCAACAGAAACUGGGCGAACUCCUCCGCACCCUCAACCUUCCACCUGCAGCCCCAGCGCCUGUUGUCCCCCCGCCUCAGCCCCAGUACGGGGCGCCAUCGAGUUACAACUCGCAGGCAGGCUACGGGCAGCAGGGCUACCAGUCCCAGGCGCCUGGCUACACCCCAUCUGUGACCGCACCCCAGAGCGGGGGUCGCUGGGGCGGCCAGCAGCACCAGCAGGGCUGGAACAACCACCACGGCAACCAAGCCCGCCCUCCUCCAACUGGCCCGGCCAACGGUGGCGGGCGUUGGGGGGGCCACGGUACACCAUCGCGUGGCGGCCACAGCAUCGCCACGGCCCACCCCCACGCGGCUUUCCGCGUCAGGCCAUUCUGA